UGCAAGAUUUUUUUUAAGAAAGAUCAAUGUGUCAAAUUUUGCAGUGUGGCUGUGCCACUAAACCCUUUACCCAGCCUUUGAGAAAAAAACAAACAAGCAAAAAACUCCUGAGCUCCAUCAAUGUAGUUUAAUUCCCCAAAACUGUCCAAAUGAUCUUAAGAAUAAUCAUAUAAUUAAAACGUCUGUUAAGUAAGAGACAAAAAGUCUGCCUCCUUCAUUGGGUGCCCUGCAGGUCUGGCCCCACCCCGGCUCCUCCCUCCUGCAGAUGUAACGUUAAAAGCAGGGCAGGUGCGUCUCCCACUAAGCUGGAAGACGAGUUUAAGACGAGCUGACCCUCCUUUUGGAGCGCGGAGGACAUUUCUCACAUCACACUCACACAGGAUUAUUUCGUUUUCCCCUUAUGGAAACGUUUUGACGCGUUCAGGGGUAACUCCUACAGAGACAGGUUAAUUGAACUCCCAGUGUCCUCCUUGCCACAAUGAGUUGGGGAGCGCUCUACGCCCAGCUGGGCGGUGUCAACAAACACUCCACCAGUCUGGGAAAGAUUUGGCUUUCUGUCCUUUUCAUCUUCCGUAUCACUAUCCUGGUCCUGGCUGCUGAGAGCGUCUGGGGAGAUGAGCAGUCGGACUUCACAUGCAACACGCAGCAGCCUGGCUGCAAAAACGUCUGCUAUGACCACUUCUUUCCUGUGUCGCAUAUCCGCUUGUGGUGCCUGCAGCUUAUAUUUGUGUCCACUCCAGCCCUGCUGGUGGCCAUGCACGUGGCCUACAGGAAACGAGGGGAUAAGAAGACCAUGCUGGCCUCCAACCGCACUGAGAAGAUGACGGAUAAUGACCUGGAGACACUGAAGAAGAGACGUCUGCCAAUCACAGGCCCACUGUGGUGGACCUACACCUGCAGCUUGUUCUUCCGACUCAUCUUUGAAGGUGGCUUCAUGUACGCGCUGUACUUCGUCUACGACGGCUUCCAAAUGCCCCGGCUGGUGAAGUGCGAGCAGUGGCCCUGCCCCAACAAGGUGGACUGCUUCAUCUCCAGGCCAACAGAGAAGACCAUCUUCACCAUCUUCAUGGUGUCUUCGUCGGCCAUCUGUAUGGUGCUCAAUAUAGCUGAGCUGUGCUAUCUCAUCGUCAAGGCGCUCAUGAGGUGCUCGAACAAGAGGAAACACCCGUACACUCACACGGACAGCAUGACGAGGGAUAAUUCCCAUCUGGAGAACAAGAGGAACGAGAUGCUGCUGUCUUCGUCCACUGAUUCGACCAGAGACAAGAUGUGUUGAAGAACAGAUGUGGGGUGAUACCAGAGAAGAAGAAAGGGCCAAACUGUAAAUCUAGUCACCUGUAAGUGUCACAGAUUGUGUCUAAAGUUUGGUAAUAAGGCUCUAAAUGUGAGCAUACACCAAAAUUGUCUCACUGGAAGGUAAAACUGCGACAAUGGUUGCUUAAAAUUACCACAUUAUAGAUUAGACCAGCUAGACAGCAGCUCUGUCUCAUAGAAAUUAUGUUUAUAUACAACUCAUUUUAAACAGCAAAUAAGGUUUGAGGGAAACGCAAUGCAGAGCGAAUUAUUUUUUCUUAUGACAUAAUGAGGAAAUUAAUUAAUGUCCCUGGCAAGUCACAAAACUGUUGAUACUGAACUUAUCAGCAAAACGUUCACUGACAACCAUGAAUUGACUACUGACGGGCUCAGAGUAUCAGGUGGCCCCAUGGCCUCCAUUUGCAAAAUGCCAAAUUCACACAUACAAACUUAACGUGGUAAGACCGUGUUGAUGAUAUGAGCUCAACAUUUUGUUUCUCUCUCUGUAUCAGUCUGGACUCGCUGCCACACAAACAUUUUGUGUGGGUGGGAUUACUCGCCUUGACUGACAAACUCCAUCAGCCAAUCUGUGUGUCCUCUUCAUCACUAAUGAAGCCAUUUAGUAAAUCAAGCCUUUGCCAAAUCCAGUCGGAAGAAUGGCUAAAAUGUCUUUUCCAAUCUCAGCAAGUACAUAGACUUGUUCUUGUUUAAUUGUUUUUAUUGACUAGAUUUCUGCAGUAACAUCCCUUAUUGCUGUGUUUACUCUGUUAACAGUAGAAUUAGCUGUUGCUUUGGGAGCUUGGGAGUUUUUCAAACCUGCAUUUUAUGCCAUCAACUACUACGCAGUUCCUGAUUGGCUGCUAACGUUGUCAACUACAAUACGGAUUCCUGAUUGGCCCUGAUUGAAUUUUAAUUUCUGGAUAUAAAGCGAGGCGGCACCGAGUUCAGACUGAUGCACACUCACAUCAUCAUUAUGGUCUCACCUGGCUUAUGCAAAUCGGGGAAGGGUCUCAAAAUAUCCCCUAAGACACACAAAACAACCACAAGGACACUUAAGCCCACUAAAAGAUGAGUGACUAAAAAAACACAAAAAAAAAAACACCACUAAGUAUGUGUGUCUUGCUCCAUAUAUGUGCCCAGGGGGCCACUGUCCACAUAAUGCGCCCAUGCUCAUGUGUCGUUCUGCUAAAAUAGGCAAUCUUGCAAUACAUUAUCCCUUCAUAGUGACUACAGAAUUAGUAUUUUAAACUUUUUUUUAAUUAAUAUUUAACCUAAAUCACGAUAUUCCCUUAACCAAAGUGUGCUUGUUGCCUAAACCUAACCCUAAAUUAUAAUGCCAAGGUCCAGCACUUUGUACACUCGCUGUUGUCCACAUCCACCUCCUUGGCAAGCUGAACAUUGUCUCUGAGAAUAAUUCAGGCAGCAGUUACAUUGCAAAUGUAAUUUAGUAACAUAUAGACAGAAUUUCUAGGAGACAGCGUUGGUCUGGUCUGUAUUAUAUGAAUAUUUGCUUGGCCUUAAUAUUUGACUCUAAAGGCAGUCAGAAAUUCUCCCCUGACCCAAAAAACAACAACAACAAAAAAAAAUAUGGAUCAUACAACAGUUUAACUUGAAAUCUGGUAGAAUUUCAGGGCACACAGGGGGACUGCAUUGUAGGCUUUAAAUAAAGAGUUUAUUUCUCUUUUUUUCUGGUUUCAAGGCAAUAUUUUUGUCUAUAAGAUAUUCUUGUAGGUCAAAAUAUUGCCUAAAUAAUCAAAAAAAGAGAAGAAUUAACUAUAUAUGUGGAGCCUACAGUGUGCAGACCUCCUUUGUGCCCUGAAGUGAAGUACCUGAAUAGUUUUGCAUGGGACACUUGGUCCCUCUUCUGAAAUCUGGUAGAAUCCCCACCAGUGUUACUUAAAGAGCCUAUUUCGGGUUUUAUCAGCAUCUUUUAAUCUGUGGAGCUUCCACAUUAUCACGUGUCACCUUACUUUUUUCACAGUGGAUACAUGGUGAAGGUUUUAAUUUACUGUUCACUUUUCUAAGUUGCUUGAAUGUUAUGAACCGGUGAAAGAAUGAGUCUACGCUGACACCUAGUGGUUGUUAGUAGACCCCCACCGCACCCCCCACCCCCGCACCCCCUCCUACGAGCACAAACACCUUCCUCGAAGCCUGAAUGAUUUGUUUGGUGUUUUGGUGAAGAGGAGGGAGAACAAAUGAAGUUAUGACAAGUGAAGGAGAAACAAAAAUGUGGAGUUAAGUAAGCACGAAGUUAAAAACAGUUAGACUUUAAAAAAAUAAUAAUAAUAUUACUAUUUUUUUGCAUUUUUAGUGUGUUUAUAAUUACUGAGAAGUGUGUUGCACAAAAUGAGAGAUGAGAUGAUACUUUAUAACAUGAAGUCUUACCCACCACGCCACGGUGGUUUAAUGCUCUUUGCUGUUCAAUCAAAUGAAAAUGUCUAUUGUCUUUUACUUGAAUUAAAAGUGGAUGAAGGGUUUCUAUACACAAGUUAACACUUAAAAACCUGAACAAACUGGUUUUUAUGUUUUCCAUGACAUGGGGAGAAGGCACACAGCAACUUAAGAAGACAUGGCACAAAUAUUAGCAAAGAAUCAGUAAAAAGAAAAUCAUCUGAAAAUAGCAAAA